AAUGUCGGAGAGCUAUAACGAAACCAUAAAAAACGGCAGAGAGUCUAUGAAAACGGCAGAGCAUAGACAGAUAGCCAAGGAAUCAGGGACCGUAAUACGAGAGGAAUGGGGCGGGAAAUUAGAAUUUAUCUUUAGCUGUCUCAGCUAUGCAGUAGGCCUCGGAAAUUUGUGGAGAUUCCCGUACAGAUGUUAUUCAAACGGAGGAGGGGCUUUCCUAAUACCUUAUACGAUUAUUUUACUAUUGGCGGGAAUGCCUUUAGUCUUUCUUGAAAUGUCUUUUGGUCAGUAUGCAAGCGAGGGUAUCAUUUCUAUUUGGAAAAUAUGUCCACUAAUGGAGGGAAUCGGUUGGGGAAUGUUUUUUGUAUCUUUUCUUGUGGGAAUCUAUUACAAUAUGAUCGUAGCUUGGACGAUUUUCUAUUUAUUCGCUUCUCUAGGGAAGGAUGUUCCUUGGAGAGGUUGCGGCCAUGAAUGGAAUACAGGAAGAUGUAGUGGUCUAGACGAUGUAGAAAACCAAAAAAACUGUACAGAUAAUCAGGGUUUUUGGUUCAACAGAACCUGUUUUAACGGGGCAAGGAAUAAUAUAACUUUAUAUAGCGAAGAUAUGAGACUAGCAUAUAAUUUAUACUCUUCAUCCAAUUUUACUGACACUUCUUAUCUGAAUCUGCCCAGCUAUGAAUAUUUUCACGGACACGCACUUGACAUUUCGGAUGGUAUAGGAAAUCUCGGAGCCAUAAAAUGGAAACAGUUAGGAUGUUUAUUUCUCUCGUGGUUUCUGGUUUGUAUAUGCCUGUUAAAAGGUGUAAAAUCUCAAGGAAAGGUGGCCUAUUUUACGGCCCUAUUUCCUUACUUUGUUAUUUUAAUAAUGGGUAUUCGAGUAGCUACUUUGGAGGGAAGUAUUAAAGGCGUUGAAUUCUAUAUAAAACCUGAUUUUUCGAUAUUGAAGGGUGCAAAGGUAUGGGGUGACGCAGCUGUUCAAAUUUUUUUUUCCUUAUCCCCCUGCUGGGGAGGGUUAAUUACCUUGGCAUCCUAUAACAAAUUUAAUAAUAAUUGUUACAAAGAUGCAAUUAUAAUAUCAAUUGGAAAUUGUUUGACAUCCUUUAUAGCCGGAUUCGUCGUAUUUGGAUCAAUUGGCUAUAUGGCCCAUGAAAUGGGAACAGAAGUCUCUAAAGUUGCAGUUCAUGGAAGUGGCCUUGCUUUUAUAGCUUAUCCAGAAGUAAUAGCCAGUUUACCUGUAUCAUCUCUAUGGUCUCUUAUCUUCUUUCUAAUGCUAUUAACAUUAGGAUUGGGGACACAAUUUUCUGUUGUUACUACAGUACAUACUACAAUUUUAGAUAUAUAUCCUGAAACCUUAAGAACCGGAAAAAAGCCUAUGUAUUUAAUGGCUAGUAUUUGCUUUGUACUUUUUCUAUUAGGCCUACCAAUGACUACGAGGGGUGGAAUGUACGUUUUACAAUUAUUCGACGAUUAUAGUGCAUCUUUCUCGGUGUUAUUCAUAGGUUUCUUUGAAAUUAUUACCAUAAGUUGGAUCUAUGGUAUUAAAAGAUUUUCUGAUAAUAUAUCAGAAAUGUUAGGUAAAAGGCCAAACUUGUGGUUUAGAAGUUUGUGGUUAGCCGGAACUCCAUUUCUAAUUAUUGGUAUAGUCUUCUUUUCCUUUUAUCAAUAUAAAGGGUCAAGUUACGAACAACAUCCUUUCCCAAAUUGGGCUAAUAUCAUUGGAUUAUGCAUAACAUUCUUUCCAGUAUCUUUCAUUCCAGCUAUUGCAUUUUAUAAACUAUCUAUAAGUUAUAAAUAUCACAAAUCAUUGCUAAAAACAAUUCAAUUCUUACUUAAUCCAAGAGAAAAUUGGAAGCCGGCUAAUAGAGAAAUUGAAUUUAAACCAAGAGUAAUAGAGAUUAACUUUACUGAUAAAGAUUCAAUUAUUGGAACAUGUCAGAGGAAAUGUAUUGAGGCUAAUGGGAAAUUUAGUGGCGAAGAUUUGGAUGAUGAUACUGAUAUUAAAGUUGAAAAUUUCAUAAAAUCGUCAUCUGUUUGUGACGUUACGUCAGUGUCAUCUAAUAAACUUUAA